AUGGCAUUCCCGAACCAGCAGACUAUUGAUUACCCGAGCUUCAAGAUCGUGCUCGUCGGCGAUGGUGGCACAAGCAAAAUGACGUUUGUAAAGAGGCAUAUUACCGACGAGUUUGAGAAGCGAUAUGAGCCAACAAUCGGUGUGGAGGUUCAUCCACUAGAUUUCUUCACCAACUGUGGCAAAAUCCUAUUCUAUUGCUGGGACACUGCUGGCCAAGAAAAUUUCAGUGGCCUCAGAGAUGGAUACUACCAAUGUGCAAUCCUAAUGUUCGACGUGACUGCUCGAUUGACUUAUAGAACGUUCCCAUGUGGCAUCGCAAUCUUUGUCGAUAGGGUCUGUGAGAACAUACCGAUUGUUCUGUGUGGGAACAAGGUGGAUGUGAAGAACAUGCACGUGAAGUCGAAGCAAGUCACAUUCCACAGGAAGAAGAACUUGCAGUACUAUGAGAUCUCAGCAAAAAGCAACUACAACUUCGAGAAGCCUUUCUCUAUCUCGCCAGAAAACUUGUCGGGUAAUUAA